AUGAUAAUGGCAGUACAGAGAAAAGCACUCAGCGAUGAAGACAUUCGAACCAACCAGCAAUUUGCUAAACUCUUUGAGGACACAAUUAAGGUAAGUUGGUUUUGGCUUUUAGCACGCUCUCUGUGUCAAUCUGUCGUGUUGUUAAUGGUUGCCACAGGAAACUCAGGGAAAUUAAAAGUGUGAUAUCAUAGGUGACGAAGUUCUCCUUAAUUUUGGCGCGAAAUUUCAGCGAUAAUUUAUAAUUUCACUUGUUAAAUUACAAAAUUGCCUGGCGACGAAGUUUUAAAAUGUUAUGAAUGAAGAUGCCAGGGCAUUAAAAGAUGCUUUAGAAACACUAAACACAUGAAAGAGCACAUCAAGAAGGAUUCUACCGGGUACUUUGUCGAAAAAUUCUGAAAAUUCUCAGUUUUAAGCCAAAUUUAAGCUCUAAACGUUUGAGAGAGUGGAGUUCUCGAUCGAUACGAUCCGGAUAAACAUGUCAAAAAUCCUCGAGUCCUAACGUAAUUCGUUACCCAUGAUAUUAACCCAUUCGCUCCUGGAGAUUUUGCCGAAAAACGUGUUUUGAAGCUAGUCGAGUAGUUUACUGGUCAUUGUUUUGCUAUAAAGAGCUAAAACUUACCACCAACCGGUUUACAGGUCGUACACUUCACGGCCUUCUGAUCCAGAUGCAAAAUAUCAGCUUGCGAAGUUUGGGCAUGCGCCGAGAGCAAAAUUCUUGACUUUUACUUUUCGCUUUCUCUCCUCCUCUCUUUUUUCGCUUUUCUUGCUUCAUUUUUUUUUCCUCUUGCUGGGCAUUUAGUAGGCUUCAUUUUGGUGGAAGCAGUUUUUAGGAAAGUUUUUAGGAUCUUAGGAUUAGGUGAAAGGAAAGGUAGGUGAGCAAUGGAACAAGAUUUUCAGGUCAAUGUUACAUGGUUUUUUGCCUCUUUCUCCGGUGUCCUUCACUGAAUUGUGCUCAUUCUGGUAUGGUUUGAAAGAUCUCUUAACCCUGCACAAGUAAGCGGACAAAGUUGUCCUUGACCGUUAAAACUGAUGACGUCACAAAGGGUAGAAAGGACGUGGAUCCGCGCGGGCGGUUACGGGCGGUUCAGGGGCGAAUGGGUUAAUAGGUAAUCAAAUGGUAUACUAGUGAAAUUAUUCCCUAAUUUCACUCGUCACCAUUUAAUUACACAUACUAAUUAAGACCACGGAAUAUGACUAUGGGUAUGAUUUGGCGGGCAAAUUUGAACCGAGUGUACUGCGCAAUUUCGUAACAGCCAAUAAAAUAAGUGAUAGCGUUCCCAAAACAGUCCCAUAAUGCAAUUCGACGCAUUGCCGACCCAGUUUCACGCUCAACCUCAAAUGGUCGAUAAAGGGACCUGGGAAAUAGUCAAAUUCGCUAUGUAAGUGUUUCCUCAUUUGUAAAUAUAUUGAGAUUGCUUUAAAUUUUAAAAUUGGGGACAGGGCAAUUCAUGUGACGGUACAUUGAGUUUACGUUUGCGCUGCUAAGUCUGAUUGCUUAUCUUAGCUUUGUAAGUGUUUCCUCAUUUGUAAAUAUGUUGAAAUUGCUGUAAAUUCUGAAAUUCGAGACAGGACAAUUUAUGUGACAGUACCGUUAGUUUAGACUUGCGGUAGGCCAAGUCUAAUCGCUUAGAUUAUCUUUUUUUGACCAUGAUCCCAACAUUUUCAAUGUUUUUCAGAGUUUGUGGUUCAAACUGCGUAACAUGUCACCCUGCUGUCUUUCAAAUAUCCAUUUUGAUAUUGAGAUCCCAGAGGAUGAUAACAUUCAGGUACGCAAAUAAGAAGUUCCUCGUUUGUUUUAUUUGCUUUAGAAACUGGAUGAAGUAAGCUUAUUGAGCUUUCCGCGUAGGAAUAAUGGCUGUCUCUUAAUCACGUUCAGUGUCAACCAAUGGAACGCAACUGAAGCUAAUUUAGCCUUUUGACUUUUGCCAACAAUCUUCAUUAUAGUAGUACGCGAUCAAUAACAUAUACUUCCUUUGUUAUUUUGCAAUCAUUGUGGAGUAGGUGGCUGUGACGGGUGUGGCAGUGUGUGUGGAGGACAAAGAAACAGAAGAAGAAAACACAUCCAAGCAGAAAAGAUCUCUUUGCGACAGAUGUAAGUAGUCUGCUACUCAUAGUGAAAGUAUUAAACUUAGUAACUUCGUAAUAAACCAGGAUGUCAUCCACUCGGGUGGGGUGGGGGGCUGAGGAAUUCUACAUACCUCAUUCAAGAUAUUUUGUAUUUUUAGGUAGUUUCUUGCUGUUGCGGACGUAUGCAAUCACCAAAUGACGUAAUAGAAAACACUGAAGAGACGCUGAACAAUAACCACACCACAAAACAAAAGCGAAUUAGUAUGUGUAAUCAAAUGGUGACGAGUGAAAUAAUUCGCUAAUUUCAAAAGUAUACCAUUUGAUUAUCUAUUAAUAUCAUGGGGGACGAAUUACGUUAGCAAUCCAGGAUUUUUGACAUGUUUAUCCUGGAUCGUGUCGAUCGAGAACUCCACUCUCUCAAACGUUUAGAGCUUAAAUUUUGUUCAAGUUGAGAAUUUUCAGAAUUUUCGACAAAAUACGUAUGUGUAAUCAUAUGGUGACGAGUGAAUAAAGGCUCGGGAAAUUAUUAGGAUUUGGACAAAACGCAAGUGAAACUAUUCCCUAAUUUCACGAGUAUACCAUUUGAUUACCUAAUAAUAUCAUGAGUGACGAAUUACGUUAGCAGUCUUGGAUUUUUGACAUGUUUAUCCUGCAUCGUAUCGAUCGAGAACUCCUGCACUCUCUCGAACGUUUAGAGCUUAAAUUUGGCUUAAGUUCAGAGUUUUUCGACAAAAUACUUGUUAGAAUCCUUCUUGAUGUGCUCUUCCGUGUGUUCAGGUUUUCUAAAGCGUCUUUUUGUGCCCUGACAUCUUCAUUCAUGACAUUUUAAAACUUCGUCGCCAUCUUGACACUGAGACGUACGGAAGGUUGCCAUGGCACUUUUGUAAUUUCACAUGUGAAAUUACAAAUUAACGCUGAAAUUUCGCGCCAAAAUUAAGGAGUAAUUCGUCACCUAUGAUAUUACUGUUAGAAUCCUUUUUGAUGAGCUCUCUUGUGUGUUGUGGUUUUUUAAAGCCUCUUUUAAUGCCCUGACAUCUUCAUUCAUAACAUUUUAAAACUUCGUCUCCAUCUUGGCACUGAGACGUACAGAAGGUUACCAUGGCAAUUUUGUAAUUUUACACGUGAGGUUAUAAAUUAACACGUCAAAAUUAAGAAGUAAUUCGUCACCUAAGAUAUUAACUUCCAUAUCCGCAACACGAAGAAACACCCGUUUUUGUGCGUAACUUGGUUUUAUGAACUGGGUUUUCCUCAAGAACAGUGCGGGAAAUUUCAUUGUAUAGAAACUUAACACCACCAUAGAAUUUGGCUUGGAGAUUCGAAAGUUACAGUGACGCCAAACCAUCUCACCGUAACUUGGUCGAGCAGUAAAAAGUUUCAAUGGGGUAUAUGGCCGAGUGGUGGGGUAGGGUUUUGAUUUGGCUCAUCUAUCGUUAUACUUGAAACCAUAACAGGCAUAACUGCUUGAUAGCACUUUUCUGAUUGCCUUUAAGCUCAUUCGCGUACUUCUCAGAACUCCGAUAAUGGCGCCGAGUCUGAUGAUUUACUUUUUCCCAUUGAAGAGGUGGUUGAAACUUCAGCUGUGGAAAAUAUGAAGAACGAGUUGGGUAAUGUGACUGUGUUUGUUUAAGGACUUGUUUUCCUCUGUUAUCAUGUUUAUUCUUUGCAUCAGCCCUAAGCCUUAUUUAUACUCUCCUCAUGUUUGUUUUAUAGAUUCAAAAACUAAAAGACGUCUCGCUCAUCCUCUUACUCUGAAAACAAAAGUAAAGGUUAGUAAUUACGCAGAUCAUACAGGAAGUUAAUUUUCUGCUGCUUUACUUAUCUGGAUCGUUUUUUCUUAACGCUGUCAGUCCUAAGAAUGAUCAUCAUCAAAUUGGUCCAUGUAAUAUCAAUGCUUUAAGGUGAUGGUACACGGGGCGAUUUGCAAGGGCGAUUUUUAUCGCAACACUAUAGUUGCAACAUUGUUGCAACAUUGUUGCGAAUGGUUCCAAUAUUGCAACACUGUGUUGCGCUAAAAAAACAGUGUGUAACCUCACCUGAAGCAGGUUGGUGAAUCUAACCGAAUUUUCAACACCUUCUCUCCACCACUACUAUAGGAAACGUAUAGGGACAACAAAUGAGAAUCUCAAUUUUGAUAUUAGGGUUAUUAGGGAGGCUGGAGGUCUGAAUCCCCUUGUCCUCACCCCCACAAAUCAUUGUUUUUUCAUGCGCCUGUUUCUCUAGCCUCUUCGCAGGCGUUUUUAGGGGAGCUCGUUUUUCAUCCCUCCCCAUGAUCAUGCGGGAAGGGAUGAAAAACGAGCUCCCCUAAAAACGCCUACGUGGGAGGCUACUGCUUCGCAGGCUAAAACGUAUAACCCGAGUUCAUCAAUAUUUAUCUUUACAGGUUCCAUAUCGCCCUGCUGUAGAAGUAACAUCAAUGUCGUAUUUACCCAACACACAGAUUGAGCAAUACCUCGGCAACAUCAACUUGUUUUUAAUACGGGAAAGCCACACUGUGCGCGAGGUAACGAAAAUUUUAGAUUUGCCUUCGUGUAUUUUUUACCGCGGCCGAACGAGAGAAGUUUACAAAAGCCAUGUAAACUGCUUUAGUAGACUACGAGAAGUCCCUAUUUUUCCUCAGGGAUAGUAGAGCGAGCGAAACGCGACCGCGCGUGAAAAUCACCCCACGCGAGAAAGUCAAGGCUCGCCUUUCUCGCGUGGGGAAAUUUUCACGCGCACUCGCAUUUCGUUCGCUCUAGUCUCCCUGAGGAAAAAUGGGGACUACUCGUGGUCUACUGCUUUAGAGCAAACGUUGUUAUUUUCACUGUGUAGACUUGAUUACCAGCACACUAGCAAUUAAUUAAACUGCUGCUAAAAAGAACUUCUGAGCGUCUGAAAGCUGAAACUGCGCAAUUGUCGGCGCCAUUUACUGUGAUAAAUGGGCCUCGGGUGCAAAGUUAUUUUUUGACAAAAAAAAGCUCGUUAUUUUGAGAAAAAAAUUUAAAGAUAGUGACAUUAAAAAACUAUUUUCUGUAUCCUUGCGUGUCUGUUUUCACUCCAUACUCCAUACAAUAUCAGUGAGUAAAACGAAAAACGCGGCAAAAACUUGACUCCACUGCACGUGCAAGAUUAUUGCCAAACGUGUGGCAAUUCGAGCCUACAGAGGAGAAGCAAAGAAGUUUAUUUUUUUUCAUUGAAUGGUCACGCCAUAGUCUUAUUACUGACCAGUUUCGUCACCUGUUUUUCUUUUAGAAUGGCGGUUUGAAUGUCUUUAUGCAAGCCUUUGUAGCUGAGGCUCAAGCAAUAUUAAGAGCCCAUGUGUUGGCUAUCGGAGGGAAUGCCUUGGUGUCGUACCAGUUAAAUGAGAUAGUUCUACUUGACAACCCUCAUAAACAUCAGGUUAGUUAUGUUUAAUUCUGAUCAAAUUAUAGUGCAUAUGAUUGUCUCUGAAAACCCGGCGGCAUCCCUCACGGCUUUGGACCGUCCAUACCUCCAUAACAGGCAAACUUUCCUUAAUUUGUUCCUAGAUGGAAAACUAUAGAUCUCCUGAAGGCGUUAAAUACGGACACCUGUAUAUCAUGUACGGUCGUUUAACUUUGUCACUUUUUUAUCUGUAUUAUUAAGGGAUUAGUUUUCCACGAACAAAAUGUGAUGUUGCACCGUAAAGAGCUCCAAAGUGUUCUGUUACAUUUUCAUGGUGGGGUAACUUACGUGCCUUACCAAGCCGGGUAGGUUUACGGGGAAGAGGAAAGACUAAAAGCAGCACCUAGUCCUCCAGGUUGUGGGCUAACAACCCCACCCCGGAAACAACAACUUGUUACUGAAACUGCAACAACAAAAUUUGCACCGUGAAGGGAGUAAAAUGUAUAAAACAGUUUUUUCAACCGAGUAGAUAAGCCAGAUUGGCCAGUGAAGGGGGAUAGAGGAGCUGACGUGUCCUACAAACUCUUGAAACAUCAGCUUCUUAAUCCCACCGUGCUGGCCAAUCUACUUAAUCAUCUCAGUUGCUAAAAAACAAAUUUGAAGAAGCUUUCUUGGUUUCCUCAUGUAAGGAACCAUGCGGUAGAGUUUCUUCGCGGCUUAACCGAGGUACCGAAGACGUUAGCCAUUUCCGUUGCUGUUGUAAACACCUCCCGCGAAGCACAGGACUGAUGUCAAUAUUCCGUUAGUAUGUUUUGUAUGUACUCCUCCUCUUCUUCCGGAAUUGGAAUAGCAGGUCAAUCAAACGGAAAUUCCGGAUUGUUCUGUGUAUUCCUAUCCCAGAAUAAGGUCAAUCGAACGCAUCCUUAGGCCCCGUAUACAUGGAUAACAAGAACGUUCUUAAUAUCGGCGUUAAGUCUCGCUUCAUUUCAGUCACCGCCGAAAACAAACCGCAUGCUCAUCACAAGACUAAUUUUCAUACAAUAAAAGUUUACAACACCCGACCAGUUAGCCUUUGCUAAUUAAGAUUUUUCUUUUUUUCGACCACUGAAGUGUUCAGCUGAAGUGUUCACUUCUUCCAAAGUUAUCAACUCUUUCAAGCGAUAGAAUUCGUGGGCCGACCUGUUCCGGAAAAGCUCUAAGGCGCAUUUAUUAAUCUUUGGUCACGCUUCGGUCAUGCAACGAUUCUUACUCCCAGUUUCCACGGUCUCCGCUAGGAACGCCUGGGGCCCCGACGCCCCUUUGUUUCCUAAAUACGAUGAAAAACGGCUUGAAGAUUAUAGUCUCGCUGCUUUUACAAGCGAGACUAAAAAGCGUCCCGAGUAGAAAGGUCAACCCCCUACCUGAGGUACCCUGGGCGUCACAUAUAAAUGUAUGGCAUACAUUUCCUUACAAAACGUGGCGAACCUUUUAUAUGUGAAACAAAAAGUUUGCUCAGAUAGAAGGGUGACCCGCCUAACAGGGUCACCCCUUUGUCAUGCUAGGGUCAUCCUCCUAGCCAGACCAACUUUUCUUUCAUGUUAAUACUUUGGCUUGUCCAGCCAAAGUUAGCGUGCGCGGGCCGUGUUGGCUUGGUCAAAGGGGUCAACUUUUUUCUCAGUAAAACAUUCGCCAACGUUGACUUGUCUGAGAGGGUGACCCUACUAACCGGGACACGUUUUCUCAAUUUUAACGAAGCCUAAGGUAGAUGACUGUCCCCUGUAAUGAGGUAGGUUGUUGGGGUGGGGACGAGAGUUAAUUACAUAACGAGUUUUUAUAUAAUUAGUGUAAUUAUCUUUGACCGAUUUGUAGGGCCAGUGCUUGCUGAAUGUCAGUGGAGACGCCGUGAAAGUAUUUUACGAAGAAGAUGAAGGUUUAGAUAGCUCAGUACGAGGAUCGCCCCGAAAAAGAACUGUGUCAUACUCCGAAGCCAAUCCACAUACACCAAUACAAUUAGUACGACAGAGGUCAAUAUCUGCUUCAGAAGCUUCUAUGGGUACACUGACAGCUUAUGAUCCUUAUUAUGGGACAGAAAUUUAAGUUCUUGUUCAAGCAUGUUCCAGGUUCCAAGAUCGUGAGUCAGGAGAUCGUGAGUGAACUGAUGCGAAAAACGCGCAGGGCUUGGAGAGAGAGACGCCCCACCGCCCUUCCCAGAUCAUGCCCGUCUUACUAUCGUAGAGUCUGGCACUGGCCAUUCUGUUGAAUUCCCUCUUGUAUUCCAGACAGCUUCUUGCAGCCAGAUUAUACAAGACACGUCAAGUUCUGUGUACUCUCCCUUUCCGGCAGCCGUUUUUGUCUCGUCACGCAACGCUGUUGGGGAGGAGCGUUGCGUGACGAGACACAACUGCUGUUGUGAGAAUCCACCAUACAAACAUCUCAAACUUGGAUACACUUUGUCGGAAUGCACUUUGGUAUUGAGAGUGACACAUGUAGAAACAUUCAUCCAAACUAUAAACUAGGAAUCUCUGGCAAGUCAGAGUUUUAUGUUUCUGAUUGAAGUAAUAGCAUCACUCACAGUUUUCUUUCAUACAUUAUCUCCGCUGCGAUGAUCUCAUGAUCAAGGUUUUACUCAUGAUGGUUAAGGAGCUAAAAUGUAAGUUAUUAGCUGUCGCUCACUGUGAUUGAGUUACUGACAACAAGAAACGUUAUUUACUACUGGUAACGACUGUAAUGGCGGCAGCAUGGCGAAUUGGUAGUGAGCAUGAAAGUGANGUUGCGUGACGAGACACAACUGCUGUUGUGAGAAUCCACCAUACAAACAUCUCAAACUUGGAUACACUUUGUCGGAAUGCACUUUGGUAUUGAGAGUGACACAUGUAGAAACAUUCAUCCAAACUAUAAACCAGGAAUCUCUGGCAAGUCAGAGCUUUAUGUUUCUGAUUGAAGUAAUAGCAUCACUCACAGUUUUGUUUCAUACAUUAUCUCCGCUGCGAUGAUCUCAUGAUCAAGGUUUUACUCAUGAUGGUUAAGGAGCUAAAAUGUAAGUUAUUAGCUUUCGCUCACUGUGAUUGAGUUACUGACAACAAGAAACUUUAUUUACGACUGGUAACAACUGUAAUGGCGGCAGCAUGGCGAAUUGGUAGUGAUCAUGAAAGUGAGUUGAAACUGUCGUAACCACUCAGUUUUCGAGUUAAUUUGUAGUGAUGGAUACGAAAAGUUAUCUGAAUAUCGAUGACUUACGGAAAAUUUGUUCUAUCACGGUUAUUAUUUGAGAUUUU